AUGGAAUCUGUGGGACGGAGACAUAUUUCCGGCCGAGAAGGACCCUACUGGUGGUAUGUUGAUGCUUGCAUCUUUCCACCAAAAGCAACUCUGACUGUGGUUGGUAGAUCCCAAAUAUUGGACAGAGACAGAAUUGAGACGGUGGUUAAAGCUGGAAUUCCGAAUCAAAUUGACGAAUGCUACCAGCGAAAUUUGGAACCGAGUUCGAAAAUGACCCGAGCAGAGCUGUUGGAGCGAGUCCAGACGAAUAUGAAGCCCCAGACGGAAUCAUGA